AAGCCUGGCGGCACAACGAGCCGCAUCAACAGGGCGACUGGCUGUGGUCUUAGGAGACCGAGUACUUCCUGCCCUGUACCAUCCACGGUGCCCUCGUCAGUCAAACGGUCGCCCCAACAGCCGCUACUGCCUCAACAACAUCUUGGGUCCGCCUUGCACAGUUCUCCCGGCCGACCUAUCUCUUCCGGCCGUCCUGCUACAAAGCAGACCACAACGGGAUCCUCCAAAGACACCUCCCGAUCCACGGGACGGGUUUCGGCCCCCCCGAGCACCAGAGGCCAAGCUCCUCUAACCGGCGCCCAAAUACCCGGCAAAGGCCAACCCGCUGUUGAGGCUCAGCCGCAAGUCCGAGGCAAAAAGAGGACCUCGGACGAGCCUGAAAAUCAGACCAACAAACGGCGUCGCUCUUAA